AUGGCGACCGAGUUGACCGUCCAGUCUGAGCGCGCUUUCCAGAAGCAGCCUCACAUCUUCGCCAACGGAAAGACCAAGGCCAAGAGCAAGAGAGUUGGAAAGGGUGGCCGAAGAUGGUACAAGGACGUUGGUCUUGGAUUCCGUACUCCCAAGAACGCCAUUGAGGGCAGCUACAUUGACAAGAAGUGCCCCUUCACUGGUCUCGUCUCCAUCCGUGGUCGUAUCUUGACCGGUACUGUUGUGUCCACCAAGAUGCACCGUACUCUCAUUAUCCGCCGUGAAUACCUCCACUACGUCCCCAAGUACGACCGUUACGAGAAGCGCCACAAGAACUUGGCCGCUCACGUUUCCCCUGCUUUCCGUGUUGAAGAAGGUGACCAGGUCACCGUUGGCCAGUGCCGCCCUCUCAGCAAGACUGUCCGAUUCAACGUCCUCCGUGUCCUCCCCCGCACUGGCAAGGCUGUUAAGUCUUUCGCCAAGUUCUAA